AUGAGCGAUCGAGUAUGUGGAUGCCAUGCAGUGACCGGAGCCGCUAUAGUGACAAGCCUUCAGCUCAUCCUGCUUGUCCUCACGCUGGCCUCCACCGGUAUGGUCCUAGACCGAUAUCGUGUAUGGGAAAGCUAUGAAACACGUGGAGCUAUAAACGCAACUGAAGUGGCAGCAGCAGCGGCUGAGGUACACUCUUCGCAGGAGUAUGUGGGAUUCGGAACGUUCUGGCUGUUCUCCAUUCUCAUACUCCUACUAUCGUUCAAGUACUACCGACCGGUUUUUGUACUGCCGAAUUUCACUGCCCUCAUUCUGGGAUGUUUUAUGAAUUUGCUCGCCUUUGGAGCGAUGCUUGGCAGAGUGCUUGAUUCAUCGAAGAACUAUCAAACAAACGAUUACGAAGAGGCAAUACUGUGCCCAAUGAUGGGAUUACUCCUACUUGCGUUUUUUGCUUGCAUCUUUUCCAUCAUUUUCAUACACAAAUAUCACCAAUACCUCCGCCAACGAUACGGUCAUCAGGUCCCUAAGUUCGUUCAAGCACGUCCACGAACAACGUAUCAGGAUGAAGUCUAUUGA